GAUCAUAUGGUCGAGGAAGGGUAAGGAUAGAAACAAAGGGGGCAAGAUCAUCGCCUAUCAAUUAAAAAACAAAGUUGCGUGGGUUACUCGAUCACGACACAUAUUACGUACACACACGUGUACAAUACAUCAAUCUCCUUGUUAUAAUCGAUCAUUCCUCCUCUUCGUCUAUUAAACUGCAAAGUCCAUAUAUUCCGGAUUUAAAAUUUCAAGAGAAAGAAAACUCUUUGUGUUCUGUUUUGCUUUUGGAUCAUUUCUUUGGUUUUGGUUUUGGUUUUGCAUUGCUUGUCCGUGGGGAAGGAAAUGAAAGAAAAUACGGGAAACCCUCUGCAUCUCAAGUCGUUGAAUCACAUAUCUCUUCUAUGUCGAUCCGUGGAGGAGUCCAUGAGCUUUUACCAGCACGUUUUAGGUUUUCUCCCCAUCCGGAGACCUGGCUCUUUUGAUUUCGAUGGCGCCUGGUUGUUUGGUCAUGGAGUUGGGAUUCAUCUUCUGCAAUCUACAGAGCCUGAGAAACUACUCAAGAAAACUGAGAUCAAUCCCAAGGAUAAUCACAUUUCUUUCCAGUGUGAGAGCAUGGGGGCGGUAGAGAAAAAGCUCAAGGAAAUGAAAAUAGAGUAUGUGAGAGCUGUGGUUGAAGAAGGUGGAAUCCAAGUCGACCAGCUCUUCUUCCACGAUCCUGAUGGCUUUAUGAUUGAGAUUUGCAACUGCGAUAGCCUCCCUGUUGUGCCUCUGGCAGGAGAGAUUGCUCGUUCAUGCUCUCGUGUCAAUAUCCACCAGCUGGUCCAGCCACCUCAGAUCCACCCCUAGACUCUUGUCAUCUCCCUCUCUAGCUAAAAUCUGUUUGGUCAAUAAUUUGUUAAUAACUUGCGUGUAACAUUUUUAAUUUGUCUCUUUCACUUGUAUGUGUUAAAUAUUUGCGUGUAAUAAGACUCUCUGUUGAGGUUGAUGUGGUUCCAUUAGCCGGGAAAAUGACCAUUUGCUUCA